AUGAGUGAAGUUCACAAUGAAACGUGUUUUCCACGAAGAAGAAUAACUAAGCGGGGCUUUGGUGGAACUGUGUUACACCCAACCGACAGAUUGGCAACAUACAUAGAAGACGUUUUGCCGCGUUUACAUGUGCUUCGAUCACUCGAUCUGGGACAAUAUGUAGAAAUGUCUCUUCCACUGUGGCAGCCAACUACAAUAAAAUGUCCUCUCACCUAUCUUCGUUUACCUCUGCUUGAAGAAACCUUCUAG